AUGAAGGCGGAGGUGGAUAAGCUGAGCACCAUUGGUUUCAUCAAGGAGGUGGAUUAUCCCACCUGGCUAGCCAAUGUGGUAAUGGUACGUAAACUAAAGAAGGGUUGGCGCAUGUGCGUAGACUACACAAAUCUCAACCGGGCCUGCCCAAAGGAUAGUUUCCCCCUACCCCGCAUUGACCAGCUAGUUGACGCCACAGCUGGCCAAGCCCUCCUCAGCUUCAUGGAUGCUUACUCAGGGUACAACCAGAUCUUCAUGCAUCCUGAGGACCAAGCUCAUACAUCCUUCAUCACCGACCGUGGCCUUUACUGCUACAAAGUCAUGCCAUUCGGCCUCAAGAACGCCGGGGCUACAUAUCAGCGUCUGGUGAAUAGCAUCUUCGCUCCACUUAUUGGCAACACCAUGGAGGUUUAUGUCGAUGACAUGCUGGUCAAGAGUCGCACUGCUGACCAGCACAUCCCCAACCUCUCUGCCACGUUCACCAUUUUGAAGCAGUAUAGGAUGCGGCUCAACCCCACCAAGUGUGCAUUUGGGGUGGCCUCCGGCAAAUUCCUUGGCUUUAUGAUCAGCCAAAGAGGUAUUGAGGCCAACCCAGAGAAGAUCCAGGCUAUUUUGGACAUGACGAUACCCAAGACGGUCAAGGACAUUCAGAGCCUUACUGGGCGUGUCGCAGCCCUGACCAGAUUUAUCUCUAAGGCCACUGAUCGUUGCGCCCCAUUCUUCAAGGCACUUAAGGGUAGCAAGCGCAACAUCACCUGGACUGCAGAAUGUGACCAGGCAUUCGGCGAGCUCAAGGCAUACAUGAGCCGAGCCCCUUUAUUGUCAACCCCUGAGUCUGGGGACGUCCUCACCAUCUACCUUUCUGUCUCGGCUACGGCGGUUAGCUCAGUGCUCAUUCGACCACAUGAAGGUGCUGAGCAUCCGGUGCACUAUGUGAGCAAAGGAUUGCAAGAUGCGGAGAUUCGAUACCCAGACAUUGAGAAACUUGCUUUCGCCCUGGUGGUUUCGGCUAGACGCCUCCGGCCAUACUUUCAAGCUCACACCAUCCAUGUCCUAACCAACCAACCACUCAGGCAAGUGUUGCAGAAGCCAGAGACUUCUGGGAGGUUAGUCAAGUGGGCCAUUGAACUUGGUGAGUUUGAUAUCCACUACAAACCCCGCCAAGCCGCAAAGGGCCAGGCCGUGGCUGAUUUCAUAUCUGAAUUCACCGAACCCCAUACUUUGGCCAGUCCUCAGAUUGCAAUCACGCCUACUCCUACCUCGAACCAGGUCCAUGUCGCCAGCAACGGCUCCCUAGACUUAACUCAGCCCUUGUGGACCUUGUAUGUGGAUGGCUCUUCCAAUGCCCAGGGAUGUGGAGCUGGCCUCGUUCUCAUAUCCCCAGACAAGGUUGCCCUUGAGUACGCCCUCCGCUUCAAAUUCCACGCCUCCAACAAUGAGGCUGAAUAUGAAGCACUCUUAGCCGGCCUUCGCCUAGCCAAGGAAAUGGGCGCCAAGCAAAUCCAAAUAUUCAGCGACUCGCAGCUUGUUGUCCACCAAGUCAACCAGGACUUCACGGCCAAGGACAUCUCCAUGACAGCCUACCUCCAACAUACCCGCCACCUGCUUACAACUUUCAAUGCUUAUCUCAUAGGCCAGGUGCCACGCUCUGAAAACAGUCAUGCUGAUGCAUUGGCAAGGCUAGCCUCGGCGAUGGAGCAGGGCAUAGGUCCAAACAUCCACAUCGAGUUCUUGGACCAGCCCAGUACACGGGCACCACUCAUUUGUGUCAUUGAUCAAAGCCCUACAUGGAUGGACCCCAUCACUCAGUUCUUGCAGAACCAGACACUACCUGCUGAUCCUGCUGAAGCGCGGCGUGUUCGCUAUCGUUCCGCCCGAUACUUGAUCAUCAAUGGUGCCCUAUACAAGCGCGGCUUCAGCCUCCCCUACCUUCGGUGCUUGACCCCAGAGGAAGGUACCUAUGUCCUGAGAGAGAUUCAUGAAGGUAUCUGUGGCAACCACUCUGGCGCUCGCUCCCUAGCACACAAGAUCAUUCGGCAGGGAUACUUUUGGCCAUCACUUCACACUGAUGCCCAGACCUUCACCCAGAAGUGCGAUAAGUGUCAGCGAUUUGCCAACAUCCCACAACUUCCAGCUGAGCCAUUGACAGCCAUGGUCAGUCCUUGGCCAUUCGCCCAAUGGGGACUUGACCUCAUUGGACCUAUGCCUGAGGGCAAGGGCCAAGUCAAGUAUGCAGUUGUAGCUGUGGACUACUUCACCAAGUGGGUUGAAGCUGAGGCCUUAGCCACCAUCACUGCAGCCCGCAUUGAAACUUUUGUUUGGCAAAACAUCGUCUGUCGCUUUGGCAUCCCCAACACCAUCGUCACAGACAAUGGCCGGCAAUUUGACAACGCAAAGUUCAAGCAAUUUUGUUCCAACCUCAAGAUAAAGCUUUGCUUCGCCUCCCCAGCCCAUCCUCAAUCUAAUGGCCAGGUGGAAGCUGUGAACAAGAUCAUCAAGAAAACUCUAAAAACUAAGCUUGACAAAGCUAAAGGUUGCUGGCCGGAGCUACUCCCAGAAGUUCUCUGGUCUUAUCGCACCACCUUCCGGACCUCAACAGGAGAAACACCUUUCUCUCUCUCCUUUGGUACCGAAGCAGUGGCACCAGUGGAGAUUGGCCAGCCCACAUACCGCACCUCCACCUAUGAGGCCGAGGCCAAUGACGAGCAGCUAGCCCUGAACCUCGACUUCAUUGACGAGCUUCGUGACCAGUCCAACAUGCGCAAUGUCGCGUACAAACAGCGCAUCGCUAAGUACUACGACUCCCGAGUCAAAGCCCGUGCUUUCAAACUUGGGGACUGGGUCAUGCGCAAGGUUUCCUUGGCCACCAAGAAUCCCACUGAAGGUACCUUGGGCCCAACAUGGGAAGGUCCUUAUGAGGUUACCAAAGUCUGCCGCCCCGGCACUUAUCAGCUUCGUGACACCAAGGGCAAGACCUUGCCUCAUCCUUGGAAUGCUGAUCACCUCAAGUACUACUAUAAGUAA